GCAGUGUACAUACUAAUAGCCAGUGACGUGCGAGUGGUACGCUAGAAGUUAAUUUUAGUUUUAGAUCGAGGAAGAAAUUCAUCAGAAUUUGUUUGUGCUAGUCAAUUCAAUUAUGAAUACAGAACUUAUACUGUUAAGUGCGCUUUCUUUCUUCAUUAGCUUUCCUGAUUCAUUGGCAGCAAGAAAGCCAGUGUUUAGGUUCUCAACCUCAGAUUACAGAAAGAUUCUCCAAACAACUGGAUUUGUCGACAAAACGUUGAUGAUAAAAAACAUCAUUGAUAAGUCAGGGGUCGCAUUGAUAACAGCUCCACCCAAAUUCGGCAAGUCUACCAACCUCGACAUGCUGAAAAAGUUCUUGGAGAUCGAAGUGGACAAGGAUGGACAUCCCAAGACGCGUGCAAACCUGACGUUAGAACCGGUUAUGGAUACCGAAAAUUACAAACUUUUCGUCUCGAAUGAGUUGAAAAUCACCGAAAACAAAACAAUAAUGGAGGAGCACUUCGGAAAAUAUCCCUGUGAUCAGUGCGGAUUUCAAGUGCCUCAACAUAGUGAAGACAUUCGACGAGGCUGCCGAGUUUUUCAAAUACGUCAUACACAACACUUUCAAACAGCACGGAUACCUCUUGAACAGCCCGCACUUGACGAAUCAUCAGCGGUUUUUCUUCGAGCGCUGGUGGAAUGGCACAACUUACAAGGAGAUGAACAAACAACACAUUACGCACGGUUUAAGACUUCUGUCAGUGUAUCUGUGUAAGCACUUCGGCCGUAGAGCCUUCGUCAUCAUCGAUGAUCACGAUUCCAUCAUAGGACAAUCGAUGUACGAUGUCAAAAGUGCAGAAAAACUCCGCAAAAUCAUCGCGCUGAGCACGAGUAUGAUAGGAACCGUCCUGAAGAACAA